AAAGAGAUUAACAUUUUUUAUUAAUUUAUCUUCUAGUUAAACUAAGAAAAUUCCAAAAAAAUGUGUAAAAUUUAAAAUUUUAUUAAAAAUUGAAUAAAUAGUGGCUUCUGAUCAAAAGAAUUUUACUUUAUGCUGUUUAAAAAUAUGUUAAAACUUGACUUUUCUUAAUAUUUUUUUUAGUUUAAAUAUAAGAUAAUUUUAUGUCAAUGAUAAUAAACUUUGCCCUAAUUCCAUACGACUUUUAGUAUUUUUCCUAUCCUGCCCGUCAAUUAAGAAUAAUCGUAAAAAUUAAAAACCGAGAAAUCACGCUUCAAAGUUUUCGCUUUUUGCCUAAACGCUCAUACAUAUACAUAUUUAGUGUAAGAAAAAUAAAAGUUUGAAUAACUUAUUAACGAAAUACAAUGAAAUAGAUAAAAAUGCUACAUUAGAAAUAAAUUUCAAGAAAUGUUCCGCUUGCCUGUCGCAUAUGUUAACUCUGUGAAGAACGAACGCAAAAUGGAUUUGUGUCGUGUAUGGGCAAACGAAUUCAUACCGAUCGAACGCACUUGUGUGCUCGUGUAUGGGCACUAUAAGGCCGCGGCCACGUAGUAAACGACUGAGCGAUGAGCGGCUGAGCGACGAUUUUGAGCGACGUAUGGCUUUUUACUGAGCGACUGUUGUUGAGCGAUUAAUUGCUAAAAUGCCGUUGUCAAGGGCUGUACAGCGUUUAUUACUGCUUGAAAAUAGAUAUCAUGUUUAUAGAAUCUUGCUACGUAUAAAAAAAAGAAAGUAUGGUGUUCAUCCUAUAAACCAAACAAGAUGGAGGUUCGGUGAAUUUAAUCAUUUAUAUCAAAAUCUACGUAAAUUUCCAGAUAGAUUCUUUCAAUAUCUACGUAUGUCUAUACAAUCUUUUGAUAUAUUGCUUGAAAAAGUUCGUCCUAAAUUAACAAAACAAAGGAAAACAAUUCAUGCAGAGCUGAGGCUUGUUUUGACCUUGAGGUUUUUAGCUACAGGACAUUCGUUUCGCGAUUUAGCUUUUGCUUUUCGCAUGGGCAGAAGCACAGUCAGAUUAAUUAUUUCAGAAACAUGCGAAAUAAUAUGGAAAGAACUUUUGGAGGAGUAUAUGCCUAUACCAACAACAGACCGCCUUAAAACUAUCAUAAAUGAUUACUAUAGGCGUUGGAAAUUUCCGAACUGUUUUGGCAGUAUUGAUGGCAAACAUUGUCAAAUUAAGUGUCCGGCAAAUUCUGGGUCCCAUUAUUUUAAUUAUUUGCACUACUUUUCCGUAGUACUGCAAGGUGUAGCAGAUGCUGACAAAAAAUUUGUAACUAUAGAAGUGGGAGGAAGAGAAAAGCAAAGUGAUGGCGGUACUUUUUCUGGAUCAACAUUAUUUCGAUUGCUUGAAGCGGAUAAAUUGAAUGUUCCUCUUCCCCAAGCAUUGCCAAACUCAAAUACUAUUUUACCUAAUUUUCUGAUUGGUGAUAAAGCUUAUCCACUGAAAACAUAUUUGUUAAGAACUUUUCCACGUAGGAAUUUAAAUGCGAAAACAGAAAAUUUUAAUUAUCGACUUUCAAUAGCAAGAAAAUGCAUUGAAUGCGCAUUUGGAAUAUUAAGCAGUAAAUGGCGGUUUUUGCAAAAAGCCAUUGAAACAACACCAAGAAUAGCUAUUAUUUUAAUUAAAUGUGCUUGUGUACUGCACAAUUUUGUGGGGGAGCGCGAUGGCGAUAGUGAUCUUGAUUACUUACAAACAACAACAACUAUAAACACUAUAUAAACUAUAACGCUCAAACAAAUACAGUUGAUCGAGAACAACAGCAAAACUUCAACAGAAGCAGCCAAACAGCAUUAAAUAUACGUAAUGAAUUAACAGAAUACUUGUGGCAGUUUGGACAUUAAAUUCCACUAAAAAUUUUAAUUUUAUCAUGUUAAUAUGUUAACAACCAAUUUUUUUAUGAAUAAAAAAACACUCACCAGAACAACCACA